CAACUUCGCUGUUAGAGAUCAUAAUAUAAUAGAGAACGUUAGUGAAGUUUAUGGAACUAAUACUAAAAGAAAUAGGCAUGUUUCCGACAAAAAGAGUGAAGGGAAGGUUUAUCAAGUUACGAAUAAAGCCAUCGUUCAUAAUAAAAAUAAAGAAUUUCCUCAGCCUAUCUUCAAUGAAAAUGCGGUGAAAUAUCUCAAAUUGAAUCAUAGUCUUAUAAUUAAAUCGCAAGAAAUGUGUACUGCAGUAAAUCAAGCUUUUAAUUUUGAUUCGAGAAUGAGAAAGGACAUCGAAGGAUGUCACAUAAAAUUAGUAUUGCCAAAAGAUAGAAAAGAACUAUUUUUAUUGAAAAAUAAUAUAGAUGUUGCUUCUUUUCAAUUACUUCCACAAAAGUUGGUUAAGAUUAUGAUGCAAUCGACAACCUUUCUUAAUGAUAAUUCAUCUUUUAAUCAUGUUCAUUUGGAAGUCAAAUUCCCAAAAAUUGAAUUGAAUUUUGAAAAAAAGAAUAUUAAACCAACUGAAGAGAUAAAAAUAUCAAUAAAUAACGCAUUGAAAAACGAAAAACCAUAUCAAGAAUUAAUCAAAGUAUUCGACACAUUUGGAUAUUUAUUAUCGCAGAAACUUAUUCUUGGACAAAAGUUGUAUAAAUCGUGUGUUUCAUUACAAAAACCAUCGAGUACUGACAAUCAGCAAGAAAUUGAACUAACGAUUGAAGAAUUUUUUGAAAAUUAUUUAUCGAAAUUAGAUAAUAUGUCGAAGAAAUACGGAUUCAAUGCAACAUAUUUUAUUUCAAUAAACGGAGAGGCGAUUAGAAUAAAUGGCAUUGAAAAAUGGUUAAAUGAAUAUUCUAAAUUAUUACAGGUUAUUGGUCGUAGUGAAUUGCUUCCAGUAUAUGAAAUAUUUGAAGAAUCAAUCAGUUGUAAAAUCCAAUCGAUUUUAGGCAUCGACAAUCAAAAAAAGAUACUUAUGACGGGGGUGACGCAGUUUGUUGAAAAUACCAAGUAUUAUCACAUGGAUUUUCCUUCUAACUUAGAAAGUUGUAAUUAUCAGAUUUUUGCAAAAGUUAUUAGAUAUACAAAUAAGGAAUUAAUGGGUACCAUUGAUAAUGCAAUAGUGAAAAUACAUUCUAAAAGUAGAACUGGAUUUUUUGUAGCAAUCGAAAAUAUUAAUGGAAUCAACGUGGAUCCAAUUGACCUUCAAAUUAUGUGGAUUUUGGUCGGAUUUCCAGAUGAAAUUAACUUUUAUAGCGUACAUACGCGGGAAUUAGUUGUACUAAGCAUGGAGGAUCAAAAUAUUACACUUGAAGCAGAUAAAAAAACUGUAAUAAUCAAUGUCCCAAAGGAGUUGCCAAAAAACUCAAUAAUGACUUUGUCGUUUGAAUACCCUCUGUCGAACAAUAAUUUAGAAAUCCAGGAUGGUAAGAAUUUAUAG